AUGGAACCUAGUCCUGUAGCCGUUGAGGCUGCGGCCCAUGCACCCGACCUCUCCUUCAAGGACAAAACAGCUCUGAUGAAGGCUUUUGAAGACGUACUCUGUGGAUCGAUCGCCGGUGCUGUGGGCAAGUACAUCGAGUAUCCGUUCGACACUGUCAAGGUCCGACUUCAGAGCCAACCCGACCACCUCCCAUUGCGAUAUACCGGUCCAUUGGAUUGUUUCCGGCAGGGUAUUAAGAGCGACGGAGUGUUGGGACUUUACCGUGGUAUUACUGCUCCCCUGGUGGGUGCUGCAGCAGAGACGAGCAGUCUCUUCGUCUUUGAAAGCCUCGGUCGAGAAUUACUUUUUACCAGUAAUCUGGUAUCUCGGGAGCAGGGCCUAUCGCUACCAUACCUCUGGCUAACUGGUGCCUUUUCUGGUGCUUUUACAUCAUUCGUCCUAACUCCAAUUGAGCUUGUCAAGUGUAGAAUACAGGCCCCCAUGUUAGCUGACGGGUCUGCUGGUGCGCCUCUCCGCCCUAUACCUGUCAUUAAACAAGUCUUUCGCCAAGAAGGACUUCGUGGGUUUUGGCAUGGGCAGCUCGGCACGCUGAUCCGAGAAGCCGGUGGUGGCUCUGCUUGGUUUGGUGCAAAGGAGACGGUAACAAGUAUGUUCUAUCAGCACAAGACAAAGGCUGUUACAUCACCAAUUGAGAAGCAGAAGAUCCUCGAUACUCCUCUUCCAUUCUGGCAACAAGCACUCGCUGGCGCAUCAGCGGGUGUGUCUUACAAUUUCAUAUUCUUUCCUGCAGAUACAAUCAAGUCACGGAUGCAGACAGCGACGAGUGACAUCCGACAACGGCGAACAUUCUGGCAAGAAGGCUCUUUAGUCUGGAAACAGCAUGGGCUACGAGGCAUGUACCGCGGUUGUGGUAUUACCUGCCUCCGAGCAGCGCCAAGCUCUGCUUUUAUCUUCAUGGUUUAUGAUGGUUUAAAGCGACACAUUCCCUUCCAAUGA